AGAGAGAGAGAGAGAGAGAGAGAGAGAGAGAGAGAGAGAGGCUCGCACUGUGAUCAAUGGCGUCGAGGGUUAGCUUGAAGACCAAGGGCAAGUCCACCGGCAAGGGCUCCAAGGGUUCCGACGAGCGGUCAAUUACUCAGGCCGUCAAGGAGUGGACCAACUGGACCAUGAAGAAGGCCAAGGUCGUCACUCACUAUGGAUUCAUUCCUCUCAUCAUCAUCAUCGGGAUGAACUCGGACCCCAAACCCCAACUCUCUCAGCUUCUCAGCCCCGUCUGAGAUCCGAUCGGGUCGGGUCGGGCGCGAUCGGUGGGUUCAUGGGUCGGCGCAUAUCCGUCGAAUCUACAUGGUGUGUGUUUCAGGGGGUACUUUAGGGAGGAAGCUCAUAGUUUUUAGUAUGUUUAUUUUUGUCGAAUAUUGGUGUAUGCUUUUGGCAUGACGAAUUGGGUUUAUUUUUCAAUGGGAAUUUUGCUUUUGUAAUUUGCGUUUAUAUAAUGGAUUGCUGCUUCAUGAAUAAUUUUUCUUGUGGUUCAGUUUUUUGUUGUUU